UUUGUUCGAUGGAGUUCGAAAUAAUCCAACCUGGCGCGGUGCAGGUAAAAGCGCGGCAGAAAAUGGAAACAUGGAAUAAAUUGCAUAAGAAUAUCCUUUUUAAGAUACACGAAGCCUUUGGCUGGGAACAUAGACCAGCCGAGUGAGCGAUGGUCGCUUUUUUCAAGCCCAUUCAAAGUGCCCGGUGCUAAACGAGAAGAGAACGAAUUCCAAAACACGAACCGCACUUGACACUUCGCGAAGGAACCGCAGCAAGCCGGAACGAAAGCAAAAAAAGGAGUACACAAAGCGGGCGAUUGUGGAUCCCCGUCCAAGGCAAAGAUCGCUGCUGAGCGGCAGCGGCACGGCAGUUCCGGCAAAACACAGGGAGCAUCAGGACGACGGAUCGGAAACCGGAGUGCCACGUUCGACGUCGCUGUGUGAUACGCACGGUGUGGUGUGCGUAAUGAGGAAAUGAAUCAUCCCUCUACUCCGUCCGACGGGAACGAUAGCAGUGCGGCGACACCCAGCCUUUACGACACGUUGAGCGGAUUUAUGUUCACUUCCUUUGCAUCACUACGCUCGUUGGCAUUGCAUACCGAGAACCAACCGGACCAGCAGCAGCAGCAACCGGGGCUUGUAGCUAUCCUUGAGACCCUUUACCGUACGGCAUUACUGUACCUCGACGAAACGCUGGAUCACAUCGCUCUUGUGCUGCUCGUCUACAGCCUACUAUGCAUCGUACUGUACCGCUUGCUGUUUCGAGCAGGAUCCGGAAAUGCGUUGGGCGAGCGGCGGUGGUGGUUGCUCCGCCGAAGCCACAUACCGGCCUGCCAGCGAGCCCUGCUCGUCACGGCCCAUCCCGAUGACGAGGUGAUGUUCUUCGGGCCGACCAUACUGGAGCUCAGACGCCGUCAGUGCCGCGUCUUUGUGCUUUGCCUGUCGGAGGGCAACCACGAGGGCCAGGGUGACGUGCGGCGCAAGGAGCUGUGGGAUGCGUGCGAGAGUAUGGGCGUGCGGCCGGAAGACAUUACGCUCGUCGAUGCCACUCACCUACAGGAUGAUCCGGCGGCCGAGUGGAAAACCGUCACCAUCGCGAACCAGGUCCUGCGGCAGAUCGAAUCGCUCGACGUGCAGCUACUGAUCACCUUCGAUAAGGACGGUGUAAGCGGCCACCCGAACCAUUGCGCCAUUUACUACGCCACCGCAUCGCUAUGCCUUUCCGGGCUAAUACCGAACACCUGUAAGGUACUGACCCUGGAAACGGUGAACCUCUGUCGGAAGUAUCUUUCGCUAUUCGACCUUCCGGUGACGUUACUGCUCUCGACAAACUGGGUAAUUCUGAACUGGCGUGCACGGCGUGUGGUCCAGAGUGCGAUGCGGUUACACGGUUCGCAGAUGGUUUGGUUCCGCAAGCUGUACAUAGUGUUCUCCCGCUACAUGGUAAUUAAUUCACUGCGCGAGAUCAACAAAUCGGACGUAGAAUUCGAGAUUCUGGACACCUAGUGGGAGCGGCUUUGCGCUCGGGACCAUUUUGAUACGACGCUCCGAACAAUAGACAUUUAGACCGCAUUGAGUGGUGCACCAUGUUCCUGAAGGGUGCAAAAAGGGAACCACCAAGGGACGAUGGAGAGAAGGACGCUUUCUUGCUAGUCUUGCUAGUUUGUUAAUUCCGUAGGUAGUUCGGGGAGCUCAGCGACGACGACGACAAACGCCUGUAUGGCGCGCUUCUAGUGCGCACGAUGAGGAAACCCGGUGCGCAAGCUGCGAGUCUCCUGCUCAGUGCAUGCUACGGCUCGCUACUCUUUGAAAUGUCCUCUUCGUUCGUCCACGUCAGGGCGAGAGAAUGGCGGAAAUAUAAUUUAUGUUAUUUAAGUUCCCUUAGCGCCAAGUGUGCGGAGGCGCAGAGCGAGAUGUAGAAUCUUUGUAAAUAAUCUUAGAGAGAAUAUGGCUGCAAUGCUUACAACCAUCCA